GUCAUGCAGCCAGAUCCCAGGGCUGAAUUUCCAAGCCCUGAAUCUGACUUCAUAACAUAAACAUGCGAGCACCUGGCGGGAGAAGAUAAAAUGAGCCUGGGAACUCAGGGGUGAAAGUAUAAACAAUUAUAAUUGCUGUAGUGUGGGGGGGAUAGAAACCUUGGUGGAAAUGUGAUCCAGAAGGUGGGGUUUGAUGAUGAUAUUUGCGUGUGAUAUUACGUUGCAUCAGAAGUGAUAAAAUUAGAUGUAUGUAAACAUUAGGUCAUUCUCGACUUUUCCAAAGUCAUGUAUUCUUCAAUAAAGAUUGAGUUUGAGAGCAGCUGUCUUGGAUCUGCGUUCAGACUGGUCCUUUGAAGUAAGCCUGACAUUAAAGUCGAGAAUCCCAUUUCUCACCCUCCUGCGGAAUUCGCAGUGAAGUGAUAAUGAGCGAGGAAGAAGAUCAAAGCCCAAAUGAGGCAGAGAGGCCUUUGCAAGGGGCCCGGCCGAAGAGAGAAGAGACGCUGCAAGCCAUAGCUUCCUCUACGGGGUACCCCAAGCCGAACGGCGUGACCCAGAGAAUUCCCAGGCUCGGAAGAGGCGUCUCUGCGGCUGCAGAAACCAGUUGGGGAUCUGGAGGAAGUAUGCCGGAGACCGUGGCCCUGCGGUUAUCCAUCCUGGAAACUAAUUUAUCCAGGCUGUCGGAAACCGUGGGGAGAUUGGUGCCAUUAUUGGAAGAGAAUCUCCAGAAGGAGGCCAGCCGAUAUGGCGCCGAGAGAGAACCAAGCAAAGAAGGAGAUUGGAGCCAGAGGGGCCAGCGGGCGUCAACGCAGAGCCCCGUGGCGGCAAGGGACGAGGGAGAUGAGGAAUACUGGCAGGAGCUGCAGUUCCGGGACAGCAUGGCGCGAGAAGUGGAGCGUCAGCGAGCCCUGGGGACCCUGAGGCCGCCGUCUCCAACAGAGCUCCCAACCCCCCGAAUGGGCGUCGGGGUGGAAAGGCCACUGGGGCCAGGGAUCGGGUCCAGUGGAUUCGCAGACGAAGGCGGAGAGGAGCGGGGGGUCCAGGAAGAGGAGGAGGAUGUGCCGUACGACGAGGAAAGGCGAGAUGAGGGGGCUACAGCUAGGCCAGUAUGCGGAUGGGCGGAAGAGCCGACAGCGGCGGCAGACUUCCAGGAGCCGCGCAGGAUGACCACCGGAGUGGGGCGCGGCGUGUUCCAAGGAGCCGCCCGAGGAAACCUGAUGCAACCCUUCCCCAUGCCGCCCAGACAACAUCAAAGGGCUGCAGAAUGGAUGCCUAGAAGGGAAGAUCUCAAGCUGGAAUACGGAGGGGAAUCAGAUGAACUGAACUUUUUUCUAAUUAGCAUCAGAGGAUACAUGGAAGACAACGCACACACAUUUCCCUCCGAAGCAAGCAGGGUUCGAGCCAUCGGCAACACACUAAAGCGAGGAGCGGCCAGCUGGUAUGUGCAAUUGCAUGCCAGACGCGACCCAUGCCUGAGGUCAGUGCCCCGCUUCCUCGCCGCACUGGAGAACCGGUUCAGAGACCGGCUAGAGCAAUUGAGGGCUCGAGACCAGCUGAAAGGAAUAAAACAGAGGGACAAAACGGUGCCCGAGUACGCAGAGGAAUUCCUCCACCUCGCGGAAAGGGUACCGGAGUGGUCUGAAGUAACCAAAGUGGAACUAUUUAAAGAGGGACUACGCCCCGAGAUUUUCAGCUGGGCAGCGCACAGAGACGACCCCGAGACGCUCCAGGGAUGGAUUCAACUAGCGGGGCGCGUCGAAUCUACCCUGGCCCAAGUAAAGCGCUUCAGGAGCAGCAGCGGCCAGCAAAGACCGGUGGCGAGAGGUCGAGGAGAAACGAGGAAGCAAGAAAGACCCGGAGGGAGGCCGGGGAUUCCCUCCAGAGGAGACGACAACAAACCUAAACCGGGAUGCUUUGUAUGUGGGAAAACGGGCCACCGAGCAGCGGAAUGCUGGGCCCGGAAGGGGGAGCCGCCAAAAGCCCCAAAACCCAAGCCAGCAACCGGGAGGCGCGCGGAGGAGGAGGUGCAGGCCCCAGAAUCUUCGGAAAGAUUGGACUAUGGUGAAAGAAGAACCGAAGAGGAGGACGAAGAAAACGGGGGCGCCAUGUCAUGCAGCCAGAUCCCAGGGCUGAAUUUCCAAGCCCUGAAUCUGACUUCAUAACAUAAACAUGCGAGCACCUGGCGGGAGAAGAUAAAAUGAGCCUGGGAACUCAGGGGUGAAAGUAUAAACAAUUAUAAUUGCUGUAGUGUGGGGGGGAUAGAAACCUUGGUGGAAAUGUGAUCCAGAAGGUGGGGUUUGAUGAUGAUAUUUGCGUGUGAUAUUACGUUGCAUCAGAAGUGAUAAAAUUAGAUGUAUGUAAACAUUAGGUCAUUCUCGACUUUUCCAAAGUCAUGUAUUCUUCAAUAAAGAUUGAGUUUGAGAGCA